GGGGGUGCAUAAUCUGGCAGGGUGCAAAUUUCGGCACUACACCGUAUCGCCCAACUGCAGCAUCAGCAGAAGCGAUGAUGGAUAACGGGUUCGUUUUAUUUCCACACAAGCCCUCUACCCACCCUUUCAGCACAUCUCCGACUGUUCUCAUUUAAAGUGACUCACUGUCAGCGGGACAUGUGUGUGUGUUCCGGAGCAGCUGGGAGGAGAUGACCGAGUCUGUCCCUCCCGUGUUGUGUUCAUCAUCAUGGGGCCUGAUGUGCCCCUGCUCAACGAUUACAAGCAGGAGUUCUUCUGGAAGCGUUUCCCACAGACUGUCUUGGGGGGGCCUAGGCUGAAACUAGGCUACUGCGCCCCACCGUAUGUCUAUAUGCACCAGCUGGUGUUAUUUCUGACACCAUGGCUUUUGGGAGGCAUCGGGACCCUCUUGUACCAGCUGAGGGUGCUGGAUGAAGCUUUUGCAGGUGUUGUUUCUGGUGUGCUCAUGCUGGGUGUCGGUGCCACUCUUCAGGGACUGGCACGGUGUAUGGCACGUAGGACCGGAAUGGUCCAAAGGCUGCCUGCUGCCAAUAACAUCCUUGCAGAUGAGGAGGAGGUGGAGUUUACUCACUGCGUGGCUCCUGAGACGGUACGAUUUGUGGUGCCUGGGAAGAAGUUUAUUGGUAAUGUAGUUUUACACACUUUUCUUGCUGGAGCACUAUGCGGGUUGUCCACAUGGUACCUGCUGCCAGACAGACUGAGCAGCCUGUAUGGGCACACGGGUGCAGGACUGGGAGCUGUUGUGCCUUUGUUUGCUCUGAGCUGGGUGACUGUCUGUAUUGGGGAGUAUUCGCUCAUUGUCAACACGGCUACAGAAACAGCCACGUUUCAGCCACAGGACACGUACGAGAUCACGCCGCUCACCAGACCACUCUACAUACUUGCAUUCAUUGCCGUGGACCUGGCUCUAAGGUUUUCAGGUUCUGGAGUGGUAGAAUUGCAAGUAGCAUCUCAGGUGCUUCAUGUGUUGUUUGUGGUUCUGCCAGUGCUUUGGGCUUUGGGAAUGCUCUCUCCGCUGGACGCUCUUCUGCUCUGGGCCAUGGAACAGACCUUAGUGCACGGCCUGGGUGGGUCAGCCAUGUCCACCAACAUCAGGCUCUUGGUGAUGUUUCUGUCAUCUGUUUGUGUUGCCAUCUGUACCUUCUUCAUUCCCUCCUCAUUGGGUGUGGUUCUAUUCACUGUUGCCAUGGGUUACCUCUUCAGCCAGGACUUGACCCAGCUGAUGGUGCUGGUGAAGGGUGCCUCUCCGACCUUGGGUUUGGGCUGGUGGGGGCUUCCUCUUUCCCUAAUAUUCAUAAUAGGAGCCUUGACUGAGGCUGGACUCCUUCAUCAGCUUUACUUCAUCAACUCUGGGAAUCUAACGUUGAGUGUGAACUCUACAGAGUACUGGGAGUCUUCUGUCGUACCUUCAAGUCCACAGGAAGUGAUUGGCUGGCUCCUUAUUGCUCUGUUUCUCCUCACUCGUCUGCUGAGAGAGCUCCAGGGGGCGUGCGUGCUGGGAGGUGUUAUGCUCAACCCACUGUACCCCAGACGGGUCACGACUGCCCAGGCUUUCAGGCAAAAGACCCGGGGUCUGCGUGUCGCAGGGAUAAUCCGCAGGAUCCUAAUGAAUUUUGUGAGUCCGCUGGUGAUGAUAGCGUUCUUGUCUGUAGACGAAUCUCUAAAGAAGGUGCACACGGCCUCUCUCGCCAUUGGCUUCACACGGGCAUUCAGGAUGGUGUGGCAGAGCUCUGAGGCUGCUUUGCUGCAGAUGGUGUUGGUGGUGAUCAUCAGACUUGCAGGGGGACACAGAGUCGCAUGUUGGAAUGAGUUGGGCUCUACAGUGCAGCUGAUACUGGUCUCUCUGGUUGUGAAUCGUGUAUCUCAGUUUGUAUGUAAGCUGAGUUUUGCUCUUACGGUGUUGAUCACGUCCUGGACAGAGAGUAAACAGCGUCGUCAGUCGGCAGGAACUCUGCUGGCAAUCAGUGCUGCUCUGUGCCCAGUUCUUCUAGGUGUCGUGGCUCUCUCUGCCCUUCUGUCUGCCCCUCUUCUCCCUCUCUUCACACUACCUGUGUUCCUGGUGGGAUUCCCCAGGCCGCUGCGCUCGUGGCCGGGCACCCCAGGCACCGCUUGCCCUUGCCCAGAUUCUGUAUAUUACCAGCAGCUCUGCAAAAGACUGGCAUCCGCAAUCAGACCUGCACUUGCUAAUGGCGCAUUUGGUUCCUGUACUCCUGGGUCUCAUUACCUUGGCCGCUUUCAGGGUCGUCUUCUUUGGAUCUCUGUUCUAGAGAGGGGCUAUGGCUAUUGCACUAUCAACAUUAAGGGUUUGGAACUACAGGAGACAUCAUGCCACACAGUGGAGGCUCGGCGUGUGGAUGAGGUUUUUGAAGGAGCGUUUGAUCAUGUAGAGCGGCCUGGCCAGUGUUUCCAACUAUUAAACCCUCACUGGGGUAAUGUUCUGACCCCCUGCUCUGUGUUGCCAAUCAGGGUUUACUCUGACGCCCAGAACGUUCUAACAGGAAUUAUUGACUCACCUGAUCACCUGCACCAACUCAACUCUGACUUCCUUAAAACACUUGUCUGGAUUUUAUUGCGUUACUGUGUACAGGAAUUGACACUUGGUGCUCAGCGGACAAAAGGUCAAUCCCUGCAGACCUCUGGACGCAAGUCGCAAAGCUCUCAGCAUGCCGUACCCUCAGAGCCAGGUCCGGCUGUGGUUAAAUUUGCCAUGGACUCUCAAGUUCACUCUGAGUCCUCCUCAUCUUCUCACUUUCGGGGGCAGGACAGCUCCAGUCUCUCAUCCUUUGCUGAUUGGUCCGAUGAGGAUGAUUUGUUCGGUCCAGUCUCUGUACGGCGGCCGAUAAGAAUGAUGGUGCAGACAAAUGAAGGACAGACCGAGUUGGGGUUGGGAGUGUCUCUUCCAGGUUCUGUAGAAAUCCACAGCCUGUACGAGAGCAUGGCUCUGUCUUCUCUCCCCACCCUUAGACCUCUAGGACUGGGUUUGGGGCUCGGCCUGCCCAUUGUAGAUAAAGGGAAAGAUAACAUGCCUGCACUAACUUUGACCACCAUCCCAAGCAUCUCUCAGCCUCUCCACUUCACAAGCCCUCACUCAGAGCUCUUCUCUCUGCCUACAGAAUGGCAGACUGCCCAGUUGGCUUCCUCCAAACUCCAGGUUCUGCAACCUUGCUUCCCAGAGGCUUGGUUCUACUUUUGUUUGUCCCAGCUGGUGGUGGAGAGCUUCGGGGAGGGAGACUUAGCGCAGGUGAUACUGGGUUUGCAGGAGGACCGUGCCCUGCGGGAGCUUUAUACCCAAGUGGUGCUAUCAUGCUGUGUGGCACUGGGGGCAGAUCCUCAGGUGUUCAGCCCUAAUCUGCUGUUCAGGCUGUACUGUGGGGACGGCCCCUGGACUGAGGGACUCGAGUGGCUCCGAGCCAAUAAAGAGCUGCAUCAGCUCACACUCAGGGCUUUCAGGUACAGUGUAAAACUCCUGGUAGACCAGGCAUCUCUUGGUCCGGUAGAGAGUCUGGAUGAGCUCUUCACAACUUUGCAGGAUUACCAUGACAAUUGGUUCAUUGGCCUGGUAACAGACCGCAGUUGGCAAGACAGUGUUGUACAAGAGAAGCCCUUCCUAUUCUCUCUCGGACACGAUCUCACCAUGGGGACGUAUACGAGCCGUGUGUUGUCCCUGCAAGAGAAUCUAGUCCAAGUUGGAGUUUUGAAUGAGGAGAGUGUGAGGGGCCAGUGGGCCAACCUGUCAUGGGAGCUACUAUAUGCCACUAAUGACGACGAGGAGCGCUACAGCAUUCAGGCACAUCCUGUGAUGCUGAGGAACCUAACUGUUCAAGCAGCUGAUCCACCUCUGGGAUACCCCAUCUAUUCAUCCCCACCCAUCCAUUUACGCUGCUUAUGAUAAUAAAUCACCUUCAUUUGUUUACCCACAACCAUCCUGAGAUCAGCACACACGUAUGCUGCCAGCACAUGAAUUUCACCCAGUCAGAAGUUUUUAAAUUUCAUUUCUUCUUCAUUCAGGAUACGGUAUAAUAUUUUAUUGAACGUAUGAAAACAUAAAAUUGCUACUGUUGUAGUGACAUUUAGCUUCUGGAAGAAAUGCAUGAAUUCAUGAACUUCAGCAGCUGGGACGAAGUAAAUGUGAUCCUUCCAGCAAAAUCCUCUCCACACAAUAAUACUGUAAACUCAUUCAGACACAGAGCCCAGAUUUAUUUUCUUCUCUGGAAAGUGUACACUGUUUUCUCAGCAGUGAACCCUUGGGUGUCCUUGACUGAAUCUCACCUCACACUGAGCUUCCAUUUCACAUUUUUUAUUUAAUUGUAUUCUAUUUUUGCACUUUUCCUCUUUUUUUGUCAAGCAUCUGUCAAGAGCCCUAAAAAGAGAACCUGUUUGUCAGAUCUCAAGGAUGUGCCUUGGUUACUAUUUUCAGUGGUUAUGAAUUUUUUUUUUUUUUUCUUUCAUGUGUCCACCUGGUGUUAUAAAUUUUGUCUCUGGCCCCUUUGUUCAUUCUAUUUGGGUCUUUAUAUGGUUGUGUAAUUGUAUGUAUAGAAGAAAUACAAAUGUUUUGUAUAAA